AUGCGAGCAUCGGUCCUUGCCGGCAUGGCCGCCUACCUCGCGGUCGCCGCCCAUGGCCUCGGCUCGCUCCCGAUCUUGGAUGGCCGCUACGUCUACUGCUGGCGCACGGGCCAGUCGGUGACGCUGACCACGCUGAGCUCUGCCAAGAACGAAGCGUCGGCCGAAGCGCUCAACUGCGGCCUGCAGAUGACCUUUAACGCGCCGGCGACCAUCUCGUAA